AUGAUAAAAAUCCUAAAAUAACAGCAAGAGGUUACCUUAAAUUUUAUUUAAGAUGUAAAUUUGUUUUGAGUGUGGAAGGAUCUCAUACCCUGUGAGAUGUGACUGAGACAGAAGAUUUAAUGUUGCCUCAAAGUUCAUUUAUUUUAUUUGCUUAAUGACUAAUGCCUUUGUAGUGUUUUUAAAACCAGGAGAAACAAUGUCUUUUUAUUUCACAAAUGACAGUAAAAAGCCAAAGCACAUUAAAGCACCCAUACUAGUGUAAUUGGCAAUAGCAAUAGAUGGAAACUACACACCCAAUCAUAUUGUGUUUUAUAACAUAUUCUCUGGUAUUCCUAUGUGGAGGAGAGGUGAUUGGGUGGUUGGGUGGGCAUAAGAUGCUGUGGUAUGUGAAUGCUGGGAAGGGGAGGAAAGUUAUUGACCAGUUUUGACUAGGAGCAUGACAUUGUCUGCUUUUGUAUUCGAUAUACAAUUCAGGCAAAGAUUUGGGGUUUUAGUUAGAGAUUAGAGGUUGGGAUAACAAUUGGGAGGCUACUAAAUUUAUUGGUGCCUGUGGAAAUUAGGGAAAGAAGAUAGAUUUGACUUCUGCAAGAAGCAUUUACAAGGAUUGGCAACUUUGGUUUCAUGUUAGAGAGGAGGAGACAUUUUUUGCUGACUCUGAUUUUGAGCUGAGUUGCAGAAUGUUAGUGCAUUUAAUUAGUUAGUGUGGGCCACAGUGCAUGCUGAGAGUGAUGGCAGGGAGCUAAGUGGAAUCCAGGGUCCUGAGCUAGAAGGAUAUUUUUAAAGCACUUUCUCUCUGAACGUGUUUUCUGUAUUGGUUGAAUACAGUAGAAUCUUCUACUGAGUGGAUAACAGCCAAGAAAGGAAGGAUCUUAAAUGUGUCAUGUACUCAAAUCACCUUUCCAAUAAUUCUGUUCCAUUAGUGAGCCACUGUUGUCAGCAAGAAGGGGGAAUCCAUUAAGAUGGUAGAAUACUUGCAUAUUUGUGUUUAGGACCACCCUCUCCCAAUUAAAUUUUUCCAUGAAGUAUUGAAACUUUAAAGGAAUUAUUCUAUGAAAACAAAUUUGACUGAUGGCAUCUCUUUCUUAUGCUUAUUACGGUUAAAAGUGAUGCCUUUUUAAAUUAUAACUCUGAGAGAUAACUAAUGUGAAUUGUUUCCUUCUGCUGUAAGCUAACUUUUAGCUCCAUUGUAUUUCUAGAAUUUAGAAAAUAGAAUCAUUGUUAGUACUGCUCAAUGAAUGUUAGGAUUAUGAUACUCUUUCCGAAAGGAAUAGAAAAACAAUAUUGUAUCCAGAUGAGAAAAGCAAUGUGUUAUAUUAUUCCUAUCAUGUUUGUGAGACCUUUGGAUUUUGUGUUUUUGGAUUCAUUUACUGCUGUUUUCAAUUCAAAAUAUAUACCUGAGCUUUCUGUUCUUUAAAAUUUCUUGCACUUUUUAUUCAGAUAAAAAACUUGGAUUUUGCACAUUAAUUCAGUUUCUACUCCUUAGUCAUAAUGCAAAAAACAUCAUAAUCUCACAAAGGAAAUGUGUAAAAUGCUUCGUGAAACUUGGGAAUAAUAUUAUAAACGUAUCUAUUGCCAAGAAUGUAUUGUCAUGUUUUAAACACUGAAUUAAUAACCUGUUCCAAGGGCACAAAGACUGUUUAUCAAGGUUUUCUCCUAAGACUAUCCGCAUUUCCUCUCUCUCCUGUCCUCAUAUUAUUGAAGAAUUUUGGAAACCGGAAAUUAAAAAAAAAAAAAAAACUCACGUGAUGCUAUUUUUGGAGUUAGUCUUGAGAAUUUAUAACCUUGGCAAAAGUUAGUCACCUUCAGCCAUUUUUUCCCCAGGGCUCCUGGUGAACAGGUCUGUUCAGUAUUUGGCUAUUUCUUUUCUCAAAGGUGCAUAUAGAAACCACACUGUCUGUGAUUACCUUAACACCUCACAGAAUUUAGUGGCUCAACCUUAAUAAUGUGAUUGCUCUGUGCUUUAAGAUAUAUUCUUGUAAAAAAAAAGAUAAUCCAAAAUCUACUCUACCUCCAUUCCUUUGUAUUGCCUUCAAAUAUCACGCUUCAAGGUAUAGUGACCAGGCUUAAAGAUUUCACAUAUAAUCCAAAGAAAUCUGUUCAAGUGGACAUCUAUCAACAGGUUACUUGAAUUUCCAUUAGAGGAGCAGAAAUGCCACCAAUGUCAAGUGCCCCGCCUCUGCAUCCACCUCCAGAUGGAGGAUGGGGCUGGAUUGUGGUUGGAGCAGCUUUUAUCUCCAUUGGAUUUUCCUACGCAUUCCCCAAAGCCGUCACCGUAUUCUUCAAAGAAAUUCAGCAAAUAUUCCAUACUACCUACAGUGAAAUAGCAUGGAUAUCAUCCAUUAUGCUGGCUGUUAUGUACGCAGGAGGCCCCAUAAGUAGUGUUUUGGUGAAUAAAUACGGCAGCCGCCCGGUGGUGAUAGCAGGAGGCUUAUUAUGCUGUCUUGGAAUGGUGUUGGCCUCCUUCAGUAGCAGUGUGGUGCAGCUGUACAUCACUAUGGGAUUCAUUACAGGUUUAGGUUUAGCCUUCAACCUGCAACCGGCCUUAACAAUAAUUGGCAAAUACUUCUAUAGGAAACGACCCAUGGCAAAUGGACUGGCCAUGGCAGGAAGUCCUGUUUUCUUAAGUUCAUUGGCUCCUUUCAAUCAGUACCUUUUUAAUACUUUUGGCUGGAAGGGAAGCUUCUUGAUUUUGGGAGGUCUACUUUUGAAUGCCUGUGUGGCUGGGUCUCUCAUGAGACCCCUUGGACCCAGUCAAACCACUUCUAAGUCUAAAAAUAACACUGGCAUAAGAGAAGAUGAUUCAGGCCUGAAGAAAAUCAAAACACAGAAAUCAACUUGGGAAAAAGUUAAUAAGUAUUUAGAUUUCUCCCUUUUUAAGCAUAGAGGAUUUCUGAUAUAUCUGUCUGGAAAUGUCAUUAUGUUCCUAGGUUUUUUUGCCCCCAUUAUAUUCUUGGCUCCAUAUGCUAAAGACCAGGGAAUCGAUGAGUAUUCUGCAGCUUUUCUGCUCUCUAUUAUGGCUUUUGUUGAUAUGUUUGCUAGGCCUUCUGUAGGAUUAAUUGCAAACUCCAAAUAUAUUCGACCUCGAAUUCAGUACUUCUUCAGUUUUGCAAUCAUGUUCAAUGGAGUGUGUCAUCUCUUGUGCCCGCUGGCACAGGACUACACAAGCCUGAUAUUAUAUGCUGUAUUUUUUGGCCUUGGAUUUGGGAGUGUUAGCAGUGUCCUCUUUGAAACUCUCAUGGACCUCGUGGGUGCACCAAGAUUUUCCAGUGCUGUGGGACUUGUCACAAUUGUGGAGUGUGGCCCAGUUCUUCUUGGCCCUCCUCUUGCCGGUAUGUUGGUGGAUGUAACUGGUGAAUAUAAGUACAUGUACAUUUCCUGUGGGGCUAUUGUGGUAGCAGCAAGCGUGUGGCUGCUCAUUGGCAAUGCUAUCAACUAUAGAUUGCUUGCAAAGGAAAGGAAGGAGGAAAAUGCAAGAAAGACGACCAGAGAAUCUGAACCCUUGAGCAAACCUAAACAUCCAGAAGAUGAUGUUCACGUCAAAGUUUCAAAUGCACAGAGUAUAACCUCAGAAAGAGAAACUAAUAUUUAACAAGAAUCACAUCUCUGAUUUCAGUGUUUAUGACUUUCCCUAGGAAUUUGUUUUUCAUUUUGUUUUUAAAGUAUAGGAAAAGUUUUUUAGCUGAAAUGAAGAGUCACAAUUAAGGAUGGAGAUGAUAUUCUCCUCAAUGGCAAAUUUUAAAUUAGUUUUUAAAAACUUAUUUGAGUAGUUAAAUUUUGAGAUUAUGCAUAGAAAGAAUCCAUGCUAUAGGUUUAUUUCCAUACCUGACUCUGGGUGUGGUCGUUAAAAUACUAAUUUUAAAGUCUUCCAAUGACUUUCGGUCUUGGUUACAUGAAGAGCUCUGAAUCCCAAACCCCUGAGUUAAGUAGUUAGAAGGAGGAUGUCUAAUCCUACAAAGUGAUCCUUUAUACAUUUCAUUUUUUUAUUUGAUAUUAAAGUAUGAGAUAGAAUUGAGAGAAAUUAAUUACCUCUUCCUACACACCAACACACAUAAUCCCACAUGGUUACCCACGUGUACACAAAAUAUCUGGAGAAUAAAAAACAAAUUUAAAAAAAUCAUGAUAAUUUAUUUUUAAAGUAAAAAAAAAAAAUCCAUGAAGACAAAAGAAACAUAUCUGCAUGCUACUUUACAAUGUUGGUUUUAAAGAUAAACACAUGGGUAAAAAUGAGGGUGAUCCUUAUUCAAAAAUACAUCUGACUGCUAUAAAAAUAUUUACAUAUAUGUUUGACAAAAAAAAGAAAAUCAAUGUUAAACCAUUAUAUCUGAGCACUGCUAGACUUCAUCCAUGCAGAUGAGCUUUUCUGAGUAGGGGACAUUAGUACCUGGUGCUAGAGAAUAGAACACUCAAAUAAUUUUCAGAAUUCUUACCUGAUAUGUAAAAGUAUGAUGACUCUUAACAAUGAGCUACAUUCACUGAUUUUACAAGGAUUUUAGUUCGUAAUCCAGAAAGUAAUAAUCAGGUAUUUUCUUUUAACCAGGACUCCAUCCACAUUCGCUGUUAUAUUGAAAUAUCAAAGUAAAAUCCUAGCUGGCAAGAUUCUAAGUAGACUGAAUUCUAAUUUUUCCCAACACAUAGUGGUGAUCGGAGGUUACUGUUAUGAGUACUCCAUCCGACUACAACUAAGACUGAGAAGUGGUUUUAGUGAAUCCUCUAAGCUCUCUCAGCUCCCUCCCUUCCACAAAAUGCUAGAGCAAAAGCAAACCCCAAGCGGGCCUUGUGCUCAACCACUGGAGAUGCCUCCUAGGAUAAGAAUGGCAGUACUUGAAAAUUCCGCCCUCUACUGAUGAGACUUCCUGCUGCCUUUGGACAUAACAAAGCCGGGAAACUUAUCUUCUAGAAAUAGAGGCACUUCGUGACUUGGAAUUGUAGGUAUAGUUUAUAACCUGAUAGCAAAAAGCUUGAAAUAGUGCAGCCCAGGUUAAUUCAGCACUUUCCCACUUUCAUAACUAUGUGAAAACAUCUGGGAAUCUGAAUCACUCCUGAAUAAAGAGGCAUAUUCUUUCCAAACUAUAAAUACAAUUUUGAAUGAGAAAGUACAUUUAAACAAGAAAGAAAUUAUACAUUAUGACUAAAGCUAUAAAUACAAUAUUUACAUUUAUAAAUCUGAAGUUUAACAUUAUGACUAAUUUAAAAAAGUAUUUAGUGCUUGACUAUUAAAGCAAUGUCACCCUUAAGAUGUUAAAGGGAAUUUGCCAUUCUUUUUUUUUAUUGUAAUAAAGGCAGGUGCAAUUUUUUUCCUGUGAGAUUGCACCUGGAUACCAGCCUUUUGUAGUAGUUAAUGUCAAAGAUUUGAUUCAUAAAGUUUAUUCACUGCUUAAGCAUGUGGCUCAUAUUUAGGGAGCUAUAUAAAAUUCAGUUUUUCAUUUAACAUUUACUCUUUUGCAUAUGAAGAGAUAUUUGUAUUUUUCAAAUGUUAAGUAAAACAAAAUGUGCCAAGAUCAUAGGUAAAUAAAUUAGGAAAAAUGUGGGACUUUAUGGCGGUUUUUAGUUUAGUUUCACCCUAUCAUGAUUCUUUAAUUACCUUUGUUUAUAUUUUUAGUUCUUUUUUAUUCAGCUCUGAUUUGUCAAGAAAUGUAACCUCUAAAUUCUGUAGUAAUUCUCCAAUCAUAAAUUUCCAAAAAAAAAAAAAUUCUACUUUUCAAAGAGUAUUCUGAAAAGAUACAUUAAACUAAUAUGAAUAUCAGAUCCCCAGGGGAAAUAAAUGGCAAAGUAAUAUUCAUGGGGUUUUAAGUCAAAGGCUAUAUUAUAUUCUUUUUUAUUACCUUCUAGUAGAGACGUCCUGCUGGAUGCAUUUCAGUGGCCUUCUCCAGGAAGGAGGUUUGUUUGCUUACUGAUGAUUUUCUUGUCACAUGAAAACCAAUUCACAUUUGUGUGGCUGCUCUUUGAUUGUCUUCAUUAGUUAUUUAUUUCUAACACUUAUUGUAUUAAAUUGUUAGAAAAGAAGGUAAAAUUGCACAUUCAAAGCACAUGAUAUGAUCUGUACAAUCCCACCUGGCAGUAGCACUGCAGAGAGUUACAAAUAUGCACACGUUAACUCCCAUGCUUAAAUAUCGACAGUUAAACCAGAACACACUGAAACAGUGACAUAAAUACCUACAGGAUUCAGAAUUGUUCCAGGGUAAUAUAGAUUAUUUUACUUGUUCACUCUCUCCAUCCUCUUGAACUUGUUAGAUUUGUUGCUUUAGGAAAAUCUUUGCAAGAUUGAGAAAAGAGUAUCAACCUAGGAUUUUCGUUAUUAUAUAGACACGUAAAUAGAGGAGGAGAUACAUUUGGCUUCUGUGUCUGCCACAAUUAGUGCUGAAAGUAUUUCUUCCCCUAGAGAAAAACAGGUUUUCAAUGUUUGAGAUAUCAUGAAGCAAAGUCAGAGUAUACCACUAAAAUCCUCACUAAUCUCUAUUCCCCCAUUAUGAAAUUGUACAAAAGGAUGGGUAUCAUUAAUCAAGGUAUCCAAAUUAUUUAUGGCAACUUUUCAGCAUUCUUUCAUUCGUGUUAACUGAGCACCCCAUAUUUUUCAUUACUUAACCUUAAAUAUGCCAUCACUAAUUUAUGAAGAGAACAUUGGAUUUGCUUUUUUUCUGACCUACUCUCACCUCCUUUCCUGAUCCUUUUUGAGUUUACCUAGCACACCUUCAGAGACAACAGAUCAGGUUUUAGUGUAUUUCACAUUGGAAGACAUGAUGUUUUCUCAAUAUAAACCUACAUGACUCAUAAAUAUCACUUUUUUGGUACCAAGUUCCAACACCUUAGCUCAUGGACUCAUUGGCCUCAGCCUAAUACUAAGGAAUAAGUAAAAUAAUUAAAUUUGUUAUAUUUGAAUGUGCACUUCAAAAAUCUAGAUCUUUUGUACUUAUUCUUUUCUCGCUGUACAACAUGACAAUCAAAAAUGUAGAAAAGAAGACUAAAGGAUGUCAUAAAUGUAAGUUUUUAUGUAGUUGACAUAAAUAUGAAAAGAUAUUCUUGAUUAGUUAGUUGAAACUUAUUUUUCACUCAAAACACCUUUAAAAAUCCCUUUCAUAUAUAGAAUAUUGAACACUCUUAAUAAAACAAAAUAAAAAAUCAUUUUAGGCUCAAUUUAAUAGGGAGAUAGGAUACAUAUUGGAAAAUAAACUAAUAUUUAUGUGUUAUGCAUUUCAUUUAUGUGAUGCCUUUCAAUAUUUAAGCCAAAUCAUGGCAGAAUUAUUACUAGCUUGAUAUGACAGAUGAAUGAAAACUGAAAACACAGAAGCUCACCAAACUACCAGAAGUUAAAAGGUAAUAUAAACCAAAAUUAAAACUCAGGUUUACCUAAAACCAGAAAGAACCCCUAGAGUGUUCACUACCAUGCUGUCUCCUGAUAGAGGCCAGAGAAGUAAAGGUAAAUAAAAUAUAGGUACAAAAAAAGUACAUCUUAUACAGUAAAGCAAUUAGGUUUAACUGUAAUUUGUAUUAUGAUUUAUUCAUUGUUUACUAGAGAAUUGCAUUUACUAGAACCUGAAUAUGUAAUUUCUAAUUGCCUGCUUUUCUCCCCAAUGCAAAUUAUCUCAAAUAAUGAUUGAUUAUGUAUA